CUAGAUUGAAUUGCGAAGCGUCAGAUCUCCCACCAGGAUACCGUUGCAUGCAUAAAGUGGCUGCGACAUGGCUGACUUUGACGAUCAGGUUAUUUCAUUUGAUGAAGUGGGCGGCUGGCCCCAGUUUCUUCGCUCCCAAUCACGACAAGGCUCUGAGAGCUCUCAAGCGUCGCAUGAACCCUUUGCUGACCCUCAUGAUGAACCGCCGAAUGAUCGCAGCAGCCGCGACCGUAGCACGCAACGAUGUGGCCGAUCGAGUUUGCCUCUUCUCCAACUCGCGGACUGGGACAAGAAUAAGUCCUACGAUGAUGAAAUACCGACUUGCAUCCACUACUCGAUCGAAUGGAAGAUGCUGUACAGAAAGAAAAAGGUGUUUCAGAAUACCGAGCCGGACCUCGUACUUGCCCCUGGAGCUUACUGGAUUAAGUUCAUGAAGCCAAAGCUAGAAAACUUGGCGGCGAAGAAGUUGCCCGGCAACGUGCAUGUUGAAGAUACGCAAGUGGUAGCCAUUGUGCAGGAUCGCUCUGUGCGAAAUCUGGUGACAAACCACGACUGCCUCGACAUCCGUUGGGUCGACAUCGAGAAGCAGAUUCGUGGUUGGAGCCGGCAAUUCGAAGAUGGUAGAUCCAUUAGACUUGAGAUGAUCUUUGCCUACGUCGAUAAUGAUGAUGAUGGUCCAUCAAAUGAUGUUCCUGCUCAGGGACGCGGGCGUGGGCGGGCCCGGGCCUCUGCCACCAAGUCCAUGCUGGCUGCCCGAGCGACACAGAUACAGGCUGAAGAGUCAUCCGGCAAGCCCACCAUCUGGGUGGCUGUAUACCAGAUAACGCGAUGCCCUGGGCCGCCAUGUCAUCUUGACCCGCAUUGCUGGCAAGACCAUGAAACAAAGAAGCACUACAGAAUGAAAUCACAUAACUUCAGAGCUACCAUCAAAUGGAUCGAAGAGGCGCAACACAUUUACGAGACAUAGCGACAUGCCUGAAGAGAUCCGUCGGCAACUGUAUGCCGAGGAGCAGCAGCAUGCGGAGCGCAAGCGAAAGCGUGUGUCAACAGGCCAGAUCCCCAUACAUAUUACUAAUGUUAUGCCUGGCGGAUCUUCCACUACUAUUCUAAGCCCCGUAUCUCUGACUGGGCCCAGGGAUGUCAUCGGUGCAGACUACCGUGACUUCCAACGAUCGCAGGUAGAGACCGA